UAGCUGGGAUUGUUCAAAGGGGUGUCACUCGCCCAAGUUGCCCUACACCUUCUUCAACCUCCUCACGUAUUCACCUCGAUCUCAUUUCCCCCGCUAACAUGUCGGCCGCAAUCCGCGUCGUGCCCAGCCGGGCAGCAAAAGCCACCUCCCUCCUGCGAACAAUCCAAUUCUCGCACCCCCCAUCCUGUCCCUGCCACGGCAACCCCUCCCAUCACCAUCACCACCACCAAGUCCAACAUAACCAUCCCUCCUUAUCAUCCCCCCCCUCUUCUCAAAGCAUUGUCUCCCGCUAUGCCAACCGCCACCACCCAUCAUCAUCAUUAUCAUCAUCGUCAUCAUCAAGGAGGGGAUAUGCCACGCCGCGGGACCCAGCGCAGCAAAAGGAGUACGCCUUUGAGAUGGCGGCCUCGUCGAUCCGGUUCGGCCCCGGCGUGACGCGCGAGAUUGGCAUGGACCUGACCAAUAUGGGCGCGCGCCGCGUGUGUGUCGUUACGGACGCCACCGUGGAGAAGUUGGAGGCUAUGCGGCAGGUGAGAGACGCGUUGGAGGCGGAGGGGUUGGAGUAUAGGGUUUUUUCGGGGGUGAGGAUUGAGCCGAAGGAUUAUUUCAUCAAAGAGGCCAUCGAAUGGGUGACACCUUACCAGCCGGAUGUAUUCGUCGCCGUGGGCGGCGGGUCCGUCAUGGACACGGCCAAGCUGAUGAAUCUCUACUCGUGCUAUCCCGAGGCCGACUUCAUGGAUUUCGUCAACGCACCGCUGGGCAAGGGACGGCCGAUCGACAAGAAACUGCGGCCGCUCAUCGCGGUGCCCACGACGGCCGGAACAGGCAGCGAGACGACGGGCACGGCCAUCUUUGACUUGGCCAGCCGCCGAGCCAAGACGGGCAUCGCCCACCGCAACCUCAAGCCCACGCUGGGCAUCUGCGACCCGCUCAACACACGCACCAUGCCCGCCGCCGUCAAGGCCAGUUCGGGUUUGGAUGUGCUCUGCCAUUCGCUCGAAUCGUGGACUGCUAUUCCGUUUAAUGAACGCGUGCCGAGGCCGAGUAACCCGAUUCUUCGCCCCGCGUACCAGGGCGCGAACCCGAUUAGUGAUAUCUUCUCGCUGAACGCGCUCAGGUCGACGGUCAAGUACCUGCCGCGGUCGGUCAGGGAUCCGGAGGAUCUGGAGGCGCAGAGUGAGAUGUUGCUUGCGUCUACGCUGGCGGGGGUCGGGUUUGGAAAUGCUGGGGUUCAUCUUUGCCAUGGCAUGUCAUACCCCAUCUCCGGCCAGAACCCAGGCUACAAGCAUGCCGGGUACGAGGUCGACUCGCCCAUCAUCCCGCACGGCGUGUCGGUGGCCGUGUCGGCGCCGGCCGUCUUCCGCUUUACGGCGGCCUCGAAUCCGGACCGCCACCUUGCCGCGGCCGAGGCGUUUGGCGUUGAUGUCAGCAAUGUCAAGCGGGAAAGCGCGGGCGAGGUCCUUGCCGACGCGCUCACCAAGUUCCUGGCUGACUUGGGCGACCAGCCGGCGGGGCUGAAGGCGCUGGGUUUCGGCCGCGAGCACAUUGAGGAGCUGGUCGACGGCACAAUACCGCAGGCCCGCGUGCUGAUGCUGGCCCCGGGACUGGCUAAGGAGCUUGAGCAAGAGAGGGAUCAGCUGCGGAGGCUGUUUGAGGAUGCGUUGGAGCAUUGACCGGGCUGGGCUUGGAGAGGGGAAUGGGUGGUGAAGGUCACAGUGCAUGCCGAGCUUGAAGUAUUGUGAGUUAUUCAUGUGAGCUAUGGUCAAUGGUGGGCAAUAUAUGUGGACCAAGGCCGUCGACGGACAUACAAUAGGGGCACUGUAUGUAGACAACAGUACACCCUUGAUCUGAACGUGUAAAUAAGAAUACAUACUAUUGAUCCCAU